CUUCGACACAUCCUUCAACAAGUGGUUUAGUUUUUGUUAUUGUUGAACGCAGGGGAUUUUUCUCAAAAAUUUUCAAUUUCCUUUUUCUUUCGCACAAAAAAAAAUCCAGUGAAAUUUUCUUUUUUCCUCUUCUUUUCCUGAAAAAAAAAGAAUUAUUUUUCAAAAUGAGUGGAUCCGGAAAAGGUCUUUUGGGAAUGUGGUUGUACAGAAGAGGCGAAGAAUGGACAAUUAAAGAAGGCAGUCCCAUUCAUAAACCGCGAAAUAUUACUCAAUUGGAGAAAGGAAAUGAGACGAAAAAUUCCGUCGUCUUCUCGCUGAAGAAUCAAGUCGGUGGCUUGGCUCGUGCUUUGCAAGUGUUUCAAGAUCUUGGUGUAAAUGUGGUGCAUAUUGAAUCGAGAAAAUCAGCGAGACGAGGAUCGGAAUAUGAAAUUUUAGUAGACGUUGAAUGUGAUUCGAAAAAAAUGCAACAAUUAACAAGAAUGUUGAGUCGCGAGGUUGCUGCUAUAAAUCUUUCGCAAUAUGAAGAAACUGGAACCGUUCCUCAUUCACCUCAUGCUCCAAUGCUUUCUGCAGCUCCAAGUUUUGAUUUUAGUGAAGUGAACAUGCAAUGGUUUCCAAGAAAAAUUUCCGAUCUUGAUAAUGCUCAAAAAGUUCUUAUGUAUGGAUCUGAACUUGAUGCUGAUCAUCCUGGUUUUAAAGAUCCCGUUUAUCGCAAGCGACGUGAACAAUUUGCUGAUAUUGCCAAUAAUUACAGGCAUGGACAACCAAUUCCGAGAAUUCAAUACACACAAGAAGAAAUAAAAACUUGGGGUGUAAUAUUUCGUGAAUUACAUCAAUUAUAUUUGAAAUUCGCUUGCAAAGAAUAUCUUGAUAAUUGGCCGAAAUUAGAAAAAUAUUGCGGCUAUAGAGAAGACAAUAUUCCUCAAUUACAGGAUGUGAGUUCUUUUUUGAAAAGAAUGACGGGAUUUCAGUUACGACCUGUUGCUGGUUAUUUAUCACCAAGAGACUUUUUAUCUGGACUUGCAUUUCGAGUAUUUCAUUGCACUCAAUAUAUUCGCCAUUCGUCUGAUCCAUUUUACACUCCGGAGCCGGACUGUUGUCAUGAGCUUUUAGGUCACAUGCCUUUGCUGGCAAAUCCCAGUUUUGCUCAAUUUUCACAAGAACUCGGUCUCGCUUCCCUUGGUGCUUCCGAUGAUGACAUUGAUAAAUUGGCGACGUUAUAUUUUUUUACUGUCGAAUUUGGCUUAUGUAAACAAGAUGGAAAUCUCCGUGUUUAUGGAGCUGGACUUUUAUCAUCAGUUGCUGAAUUAAGACACGCGGUAACUGCUCCGGAAAAAACUUUUCGAUUCGAUCCGGAAGUCACCUGUAAACAAGAAUGUAUUAUAACUGCAUUUCAAAAUGCCUAUUACUAUACAGACAGUAUUGAAGAGGCAAAAGAAAAAAUGAGAGAAUUUGCUAAUCAAAUUCAACGUCCAUUUGGUUUACGUUACAAUCCUUAUACACAAUCAGUUGAUGUUUUAACGGAUGCACAAAAAAUUACUGCACUUGUCAGUGAAUUACGAGGUGAAUUUUGUAUUGUUUCAAAUGCACUUCGUAAAAUUCAAGAACAAGACGACACAGUUGAUAUUGAAAGUAUUACUAAUUUAUUGACACAUGGCAUUGAUAUACCUGCGGAAAGUUCAUCAGAAAGUGACGAUGACAAAAGUCCCAAUGAGAGAAUGAAGAAUAAAAAUCAAGAGAACUAAAUUUCUUCAAUAUAUAGUGUACUUUUCCUCAAAUAAUAUUAAUAUUAAAUGUAUAUCAAAUUAUAACAAAAAGAAAUUAAUAAUUUCUCAUCUCCACAUAAUUCGUUUGAAGAUGCGCAAAAGAAUAUAUAUAUAUAUUAGGUAAAUAAGUGAAAAUAUAAUAAUAAAUAGUUAAUUUUAUCAAAAAAAAAAAAUUAAAUAUUUAUUUGUAAAUAAUAAUUUCUUGUAUUAA